AUGGACAAGUUUCAGGCCUUCGGCAAGAAUAUCAGUGCCUCCUUUUCUCCCUUUGCAGCUCGCACACAGCAAUUCGUCAAGGAGCAGCUAGGGCAAGCCGAUGAGAAGACACAACUCCCCGCCGACUACAUUGAACUUGAGAAGAGGGUCGAUGCUUUGAAGCAGGUUCAUCAAAAGCUCCUCUCCGUUACAUCGCAGUAUUCAAACGAGGCUUACGACUAUCCCCCUAAUAUCCGCGAAUCCUUCACAGAUCUCUCCCGUACGAUUGCCGACAAGGUCACUCUCCUAUCUCACGCCUCUACUCCGGCGGAAGCUCAAGCUGCAUUUACGGCCCCUCCCAGCGCGAAACCUCAGCCAAAAACCUUCAACCAUGCUAUCGCCCGUGCUUCUCUCGCCAGCUCGCAGCUUCUAGCACAGACACACUCAUCUCAGGCGAGCGAGGAUCCUCUGGCAAGUGCUCUUGAGCAAUAUGCAUUGGCACAGGAGAAAGUUGGAGAAGCUCGCCUUGCCCAAGAUGCGCAGAUCCAAUCCCGGUUUCUGGCUGGCUGGUCUACGACGUUGAACACCAACAUCCAAUUUGCGACCAAGGCAAGGAAGUCUGUAGAGAAUAGCAGACUUCUACUCGAUAGUACCAAGGCUGCAAAGAAGAGCGCUAUCCAAGGUAGAGGCAUGAACCCAGAUGACGAGGGUCAGUUGAGCGAGGAGGCUCGAGCAGAGAUCGAGGCUGCCGAAGAUGAAUUCGUCAAUCAGACUGAAGAAGCUGUAGGUGUGAUGAAGAAUGUACUCGAUACGCCCGAACCUCUACGCAACCUGGCAGACCUAAUUGCUGCUCAACUGGAGUAUCACAAGAAGGCCUACGAGAUACUUAGCGAGCUUGCCCCUGUUGUGGACGGACUGCAGGUUGAGCAAGAAUCGAGUUAUCGUAAGAGUCGUGAAGGCGCCUAA